GCAUGCUCCAGGGGAGUGGAAUUCGCUUUCCGCAGGUCAACGGCCGCCCGUUUCGCCUUUGCAUGAUCGAUCGCGCUCUUCCUCUGAGUUUUGCAAUGCAGCAAUCAGUUCAUAUCCUAAAUUAGGCGGCUUUGGUGUCAUCCACUAGGGCCUAGUGCAAGGCUCCCGCUCCCAUCGGCGUCAUGGCGGAGAGGGAGCAAGGCGCGUCGACUCCGCCCGCUGCAUUCGACCCGGCGCGAGUCGGUCCGCAUUCUCCGCCGCCCGCCUCCGAGGAUCCCGAGGCGGCGGACGCGGGGCGGGUGCGGCUGGUGCAGGUGGAGAUCGCGGGCGCGCGGAGGCUGCUGGCCAAGGACGGCGCGUCGUCCAGCCCCUUCUGCGUCGUGGAGUUCAACGGGCACACGAAGCGCACGCACACAGUGGAGAGGAAUCUCAACCCCGUGUGGGACGAGAAGUUCGUGUUUGCAGUGCCCCUCCCCUCCCCCCUGCCCCCCGCACUCGCGGACCAGGAAGAGCCCGUCCACGUCACUAUCUACACCCCCUCCUCCGCCGCCGCCCCCCUCGUUGCGGCCGGCAGCCUUUCUGCCAGCUUUCGCCGCCAGGGGCUGGGCGGCAGCAGCAGCUUGUGGGCGGCGGAUCUAGAGAGAAGCGUGUUCCUGGGGAAGGUGCAGGUGCCCAUCCGCCUGCACGCCCCCACCCCCGGCAUCCCCCCCUUGGCCUCGGCGCUGCUUACCUGGCUGCCUCUGGAGCGCCGCUCCCUCAUCAACCGCGUGCGCGGCGACCUGCGCAUGGCUGUCUCCUACCAGGACGUGCCCGCCUCGUCCAUCGACCCUGCCAGCCUGGACGAGUUCGACCAAUGCGAGGCCGACAGGUGGCACCUGCCGCCAUCCACGUCCACGUCAUCCCUGGAGGACAGUGAUGGCAUGCCCACUGCCACAUCUCGCGCGCUCUCCCGCCACGGCAGCAGGCGGCCUCCCGCCCCCCCUCCUCUCUCCCCCUCCGCCACCCCCUCCUCCUCGGCCCUCCACACCAUCAUCUCGUCUGACGACUCGGCCCUCCCCUCCGACGCCCUCUCCCCGCUGCUGCCACCCGCCACUGCACCCCGCCCCGCACAGCAAGACCUCACCUUCCCUUCCGAGCACAAGGGGGCGGACAGCAAGGGGGAGGGGGAGGGGGAGGGGGAGAGGGAGAGGGGGCUGAAGGGGGAUGGGGGGGAGGAGGGGGAGGGGGUGCUGGGCGCGGAGCACAUUGUGUUUGUGCGCGUGGUGCAGGCGCGCUCGCUGCUGGGCAUGGACCUCAACGCCUCCAGCGACCCUUUCGUGGUGGUGACGGUGGGGAAGGUCACGGCGCGCACGCGCACCGUACCGGAUGACGUCAACCCCAAGUGGAACCAGGUGUUUGCAAUUGGCCCGUCUCCCAGUUCGUUCUCGCUGGCUGACCCCUCCAGCACGCUUGAGAUAGUGAUAAAAAACGAGAACCGGCUGCUGCGGGACUCCUUCCUGGGCGCUGUCUCGCUGCCCAUCGCCUCUCUGCCGCGCCGCCUGCCCUCCGCGCCCCCCGUUGACCCGCGCUGGAUCCGCCUUGACAACAAGGCUGCCGCCGCCCCUCCCACCGCUGUUCGCAGCGCUGUCAAAGGCGAGGUGCAGGUGGCGGCGUGGAUAGGGGAGCGGUCGGACGAGCUGUUUGGCGAGGCGUGGCAGUGGGACGUGAAGGGCGUGCCGCACCACCGCUCGCGCACGUACCCCUCACCACGCCUCUGGUACCUCAGAGUGCACCCCUGCAAGCUCGAGCACUUCACUACUUCCCGCCUCGCACCCAACCUUGUGGUGCGACUACGAGUGCCCUGCGGCAUGCAGGUGCAGACAGGCCCCGCCACUCACCGAACUCCGUCACUGCCGCCCGGCGCCAGCAGUGUGGGCGGCGGGGCAAGCAACCGCAGUGAGGGGUGGUGCAGUGAUGAGGAGGAAGAUGGGGAGGAAGGUGGGGAGGGUGAGGAGGAGGCAAGGGAGGGUGAAGAGGGUAGCGGGAAGGGGAGAAACAGUGUGGCAGGAGGAGCACAUGCGGUUGUGGCUGCCAGCGCAGGCAGGCCUGCAGUCACGGGGUCAGGGACAGGUAUACCAGGAGGCACAGGAAGUGGUGCGGGCACGGGCGCAAGUGCAAGCCCAGGGUGGAUUCCCCCAAGGCAGCGGUUCGGACACAGGCUUCGUGGCACGCUGAAUGCCCCCGGCAACACUGGCAGCAAGGCGAGCAGCGGCGAUAAUCCCUCGAGCAGCAUUUCAGCGAGCAUCAGCAGCGCCAUGGACAAUCUCAACAGCACGGUGGGCAGCAUCGGCACCACCGUGGGCAACAUUGGCACCACCGUGGGCAACAUUGGCACCACCGUGGGCAACAUCGGCACCACUGUGGGCAGCAUCGGCACCACCGUGGGCAACAUCGGCACCACCGUGGGAAACAUCGGCACCACCGUGGGCAGCAUACGCAGCCUCGGGGGCAGCAUGCGCAUCCCCCCUGUCUUCCAGCUGCGGAAGGGUGCAGAUGGGGUGAAGAUGGGUGCCGAUGGAGUAAAGUUGGGUAAAGAAGGAGUGAAGAGGGGCGUAGAUGGGUUGAAGACGGGUCCAGAGCAGGCAGUGGUCGUGGGAGGGGAGGAGGGGGCGGGGGAGGGCGUGUGGGUGUGGGGCGAGGGCGAGGAGCAGGUGCUGGUGCUGGCGGAGCCGCUCAACGGCCAUCUGCAAGUGCACAUCGUCAACGUCAUCUCGCCCACUUCGGAGGAGGUGGUGGCAUCAGCAGCCGUGCUCAUCUCCUCCAUCCCCACUCGCCUCUCCCUCGACCCCCUCGAACCCAUCUCCAUCGCGCUCCAACCCACCACCACUGCUUCUCUCAACGUUGCAGUGCGCUCGCCCUCUGCUGAGCCUCUCAUCUCUCACUCCUCCAAACCCAACUCCUCCCCCUCCCGGCCCACCUCCUCCCCUAAACCAUCCUCAACCCCCUCUCUCUUCUCCUCCCUCUCCACCUCCUCCCCCGCCCUCGCCUCCACCCCCUCCUCGUCCUCCCCCGCCCCCCUCCUCUCCCUCCUUCUCGCUCUAGAGGGCGGCCACCACGUCAUCACCGAGGCCCCCCGCCUCCUCUCCUCCCCGCUCCCCGCCGCCCGCUCGCUCACUCCGCCGCCCAUCGCACGCCUAGAGGUCGGCAUCAUCUCGGCAAAGAACCUGCAGCGGGCAGUGGGCGGGGCGGCGGGGAUGGACGUGUAUGCGGUGGCGCGGUACGGGGGCAUGUGGGCGCGCACGCGCACGGUGAGCGCGGAGAGCAGCCCCGUGUGGCGCGAGCAGUUCAGCUGGCCGGUGUACGAGCUCUGCACCGUGCUCACCAUUGCUGUCUUCGAGAACAAGCAUGCCAAGGGCGUGACGACAUCCACUGACACGCCCCUGGGUCGCAUUCGCAUCCGCCUGAGCUCCAUGGACUCUACGUGCGCCAUCUCCUCGCAGCAGCCGCUGCUCACCCUCACCAAGAAGGGAGUCAAGCAGUUGGGCCACCUGGACCUCGCCUUGCGCCUCUCCCCCGCGCCCGCCACCUCCCUCCCCCGCCUGGCCGCCACCUACAUCCGCCCCUUGCUGCCCCCCGCGCACUACCACUUCCCCAUCCCCGAAUCCCAGGCGCCCCUUCUCCUGCAAGAAGCGGUGGGGCUGGUGUGCGCGCAGCUGGGCGCGUUCGACCCACCUCUACGCGCCGAAGUGGUGCAGUACGUGGGGGAGAGCGACGAGGACGUGCUGUCGGUGCGGCGCCUUAAAGCCAACCUGCAGCGCAUCAAGCUGCUCAGGAGCAGAUUCUCCGCCCUCUCUGCCGGUUUCAAGGCCAUCAAAUCCUGGGAGAGCCUUCCUCUCACCCUUUCCGCCCACCUCGCCUACGCUCUCGCCCUCUUCUAUCCGCAGUUUAUCCUUCCCACCCUCCUCUUCCUCCUCUCUUGGCAGCUGCUCUCCUGCUCCCCCUCUCGCCCCCUCGGCCCCCCCCUCAUGGACCUGAGGCUCUCGCAGGGGGAGGGCAGGGAGGGCAGGGAGGGCAGGGAGGGCAGGGAGGGCAGGGAGGGCAGGGAGGGCAGGGAGGGCAGGGAGGGCAGGGAGGGCAGGGAGGGCAGGGAGUUCAGGGAGGGCAGGGAGGGCAGGGAGGGCAGGGAGGGCAGAGAGGGCAGGGAGGGCAGGGAGGGCAGAGAGGGCAGGGAGGGCAGGGAGGGCAGAGAGGGCAGGGAGGGCAGGGAGGGCGGGGAGGGCGGGGAGGGCAGGGAUGGGGGUACGGAGAAAGGUGGGGAGGAGGGGGAGGAGGGGGAGGAGGAGGAAGAGGAGCAGGAGAAGGAUGUCUCUGUGUCGAACCCGGUUGCAUAUUACAAGUCGCUCAGGGCAAAGUACGAUCGGCUCAUGGAAGGUGCCGGGAAGGUGCAGAGAGGCCUUGGGGUGAUUGCUGACUCAGCAGAGAAGUUGGAGAUGCUGCUGACAUGGCGAGAUCCAAGAGCCACAUUCCUGCUCAUGGCGGCAUGCACGGGCCUCAUGCUCCUCCUCCUGCUGCUGCCCUUCCGCCCUGUGGCACUGGCCGCGGGCUUCUGGGCGCUCAGACACCCGCGGCUGCGCCGCAUCACGCCCACCAAGGUCAAGUGCUUCCUCGCGCGCCUGCCCACGCGCGCUGACACCAUUUACUGAGUGAGUGGGGCGGAGAAGUGUUUAUAACCGUCUGGCUGUUCAGCCUGCUGCAAGUGUGGUAUUCCAGGGGGGCAUUCACGGCUUCCAUUGCACAUAUUUAUGGCAAGCCCUGCAGUGCAGCAAGCUGGGAGGGCAGCAUGUUCCACCUGAAAGUUC